UUUUUUCAGUUAUCUACGCACCUUUUCUUCCAAACUUCAACGUUUAUAUUCCUAUGUACAGACCUCCAUCAGGCAAUUUUGCACCAGCUGCAUACGGACCACCACCUGCUGGUCGGCCACCACCACCUAACAGAAUGCAAUGGCCAAAUCAACGCCCUCCACCACCUCACAUGGUUCAGCCACCGCCACCACAAGCGCCUCCUUCACCUGCCAUGGUUUGGAAAGAACAUACAACCCCGAAGGGAAGAAAUAUUGGUUCAACACCGUGACAAAACAAAGUACUUGGGAAAAACCAGUCGAGUUAUUAACGCCAGAAGAAAGAGUAUGGAAAUACUCACCUUGGAAAGAGUACACAACACCAGAAGGCAAAAAGUAUUACAGCAAUACAAAUACGAAAGAAACAGUUUGGGAAAUGCCGAUUGAGUUAAAGGAGCAAUUGGAUAAUGCACGAAAAACGGCAGCGGAAGCGAUGCCUAUGCCACCUUCAGCUGUACCUCCGCCCAUAGCGCUACAACAACAACAACAACCACCGCCACAGCAACCUAUCCGACCUAUGAUGUCCACAGGAGCACCUUUAAUGUCUCAUUUUGUCCCACAGCAGCAACAGGCCAUUCCGGAGUUUGCUACAAAAGAAGAGGCAGAGCAAGCAUUUUUUGGCUUAUUAAGAGAAACUGGUGUCCGACCCGAUUGGACCUGGGAAGAGGCCAUGCGUGCCAUUAUUACCAAACCACUCUACCGUGCAUUACGAACGACCGCCGAACGUAAAGCCGCCUUUCACGCCUGGGCAGAUGCCGAAGCGAAGCGCGAACGAGAAGAACGCGAACAAAGGGAGAUCAAACUCAAAAAUGACUUUUUCAAUAUGUUAAAAUCUCAAGGAGAUACGAUCAAAUCUUACACACGUUAUCGCACCCUAGUAAAGCUAUGUGGACAAUUACCAGCAUUCACUGCAUUUCAGAAUGACGACAGAACACGAGAGGCUUAUUUUGAUGAGUAUAUUCAAAGCAUGCAACGGGAUGAAAAAGAUCGUUUACGUGAAUUAAGAAAAGAAAGUAUGGAAAGGUUCAGUCGGUUACUGAGAUCUAUACCAGAAAUUAUGUAUAAAAUGUCAUGGGAGGAAGCAAAGGCCUUGUAUGAGCAAAAGCAACAAGAAGAGGGUAUUACAUUUGUAGGUAUGGACAUGCUCGAUUUCUUUUCUGUAUUUGAAGAGUAUAAUCGGCAGCUUUGGGAAGAACCGUUAACUGAAUUGAAUAAGAGGGUCAUUGCCCGACGAAGAAAGGAUAGAAAAGCAAGGGAAGGCUUUAAAGGUCUAUUGCGCGAUCUCGUCAAUAACCACCAAAUCAAUGUACGUACAUUAUGGAAAGAGAUAUAUCCUACUAUCAAAGAUGAUCCGCGAUAUAUAGCUGCUGUAGGUCUACCGGAUUCUACACCUUUAGAUAUGUUUUGGGACUGUAUCGAUGAUCUUGACGAACAACUGUAUCAGCAAAAGAAACUUGUUUACAGUGCACUUCGUAAAAAAAAGGCGGAAGAAUCAUUCGAUGUGGAUGUGGACACUCCUUUCGAGGACUUCUUGAAAGCACUAGAUGAUGUAGACCCUCGCAUUAAAGAGGAACAAGUGAAUGAAACCAACUUGCGGUUUAUUUACGAACACUUACAAUCAAAGGCUGUUCAGCGCGUCAAGGACGAGAAGCGACGUCAAGAGAAGAAACUGCGAAGGAAAAUGGAUAAAUUCAGACACGCUUUGAAACAUGGAUUGAAAAAUCAGCCUAUUCUCGGCACUGAUACGUGGGAAGCCGUUAAACCACGUGUAGAACAUUUUGAAGAAUAUCAAGAGUUGGAAGACGAUAGUCUAAGAGAAGAAGUAUUUGACAAAUAUAUUAAACGGUUAAAAGAAAAGCUAGAGAAUAAAGCAAGCGGUAAUGAUGAGGAAGAAGAUGACGAGGAAGAAGAAGGUAUGAUAAAGGACGACGAAGAAGGUUUGGUGGAUGAUAAUGCUGCUUCAAUGUCAUCACAUCACCGUCGUGGGCGUACACCUUCUCUUUCACGUAAUCACCAUAAACGUAGUAGAAGUCGCAGUGGAAGAAGUCGUAGUAGACGGGAGUUUGCGCCCCCUAGAAGAGACUAUGAUGACGAAUUUGAAGAAUAUGAUAGAUUAAACAAGAGAAGGAGACAGACAACGGGCGGUUACUCGAGUGCUGAAGAAGGAGAAGCUUUGGAUGAUUACCUGAAUGAGCCCAGACGAUUGAAAUAGAAAGCAGUAGUUACCUUUUCUCUGCAACGUUGCCUUUUUUUCAAAUAUGUAGAAAUGUAGAUUAAAUAAAGACCCAUUUAGCUAUAUAGCUUUAGCGGCUGGCAACUGAAAAAAGUCGGU